AUGGGAUCAGUCAAAUCAGGAGGAAGAAAUAUUGUAGAAGGAGAGGAAAAAAAUUUAAGGAGGAGAUAUUUUUUCUUGGCACUGGUUAUCCACUCACCCCAAAUUUUUUGUUCAACCACUUUUUCUCUGCUUCACCUUGCUUUCUUUUUUUCAUUCUGUCACUCUCUAUUCUACUCACUUUAUAUCUCUAUCCAUUUCUAUUUUCUCACCCAUUUUCUCUUUCUUUCUUACAGUUACACUCUAUCACCCUCUAUAUCUACUUUUAAUCUCUCUCCAACUCACCCUCCCCUUUUUUCAUUCUAUUACUCUCUAUUCUAUUCUCUUUAUAUCUCUAUCCACUUCUAUUCUCUCACCCACUUUCUCAAUCUUCUAUCUUACAAUUACUCUCUAUCACCCUCUAUAUCUACUUUUAAUCUCUCCCUAGCUCACUCUCUCCUUUUUUCAUUCUAUCUCUAUUCUACUCAGUUUAUGUCUCUAUUCAUUUCUAUUCUUUAUCUCUCCCUCUCCCUUCUUACUAUUACUCUUUAUUCCACUCUUUUUAUAUUUUAUCUACUUUUAUUCUCUCUCCUCUUUUCUCUCUCUCUUCUUUCAUUAUAUCACUCUCUAUUCUAUUUCCUUGAUAUCUCCAUCCACUUUCAUUCUCUUGCGCUCUCUCUUACUCACUCUCUUGAUCCAUUCUCACACUCUCUAUUUCAUUCCAUUUAUAUCUAUACCCUCUUUUAUUAUCUCUCCUCUACCCUCUCUCUCUCUCUCUUUUUUCUUUCUAUCUACAUCCAAUUCAAGUUUUUGUUGUCUAUAACAUUUUGCUAA